AUAGUCAAACGAUAUCAGUCCAGCUUGUGUUCUCUACCAGCAACAACAAGCGGCAGUCAUUCACCAUCGAAUAUUGAAAAUACUUCAAUCCUACCAAGUUUACCAGUCCAGCAUCGACAUCAUCAAUAAGGGUUCAUCACUCAACAUUGGAAAAUACUUCAAACCUACAUAGUUUACCAGUCCAACACCGGCAUCAUCAACAGUCAUUCGUCUCUAAACAUUAGAAAAUACUUUAAUUUUCAUCAUGAAAAGACAAACGGUGAGAAAAUGCCAGCGGACAAUUUCUACUGAUAAAGAAUUAUUCGAAAUUGAACGAUUUAAAAAAUGCUCGAAAACUUUUAUCAUAAAAAAUACAUUGGAUUUUAUAGAUUACACGCUUUUUUUUAACUAUAUUUCAGAGAAAUUAAUUUUUAAGUUAAAAGAAUCGUGUAAAAAUACAUCUAUAAAAUUUAAUUUAGUCGUGGAUAGUGUUUACGAAAGAAUUAUUACACAAGAAGUACAGGAUAUUGCAUUCAAAACUUUUAAUGUUCUUGCAUGUAAUUCAUCUAAUUUUAAAAAAAUACUAAACGAUAUGUUCAAUAAAUUGUUGCGGGAAGAGACAGAUUUUACACAGAAAGGUUCUGGAUGGACGCUUAAGGUAAUAGAAACAUUACAGUUGAGAAUCAAUAUAGUGAAUCCUCUUAAAGGAGGAACAUAUAUUGAUUUACCUAAGCAUAUUAAAGAUAAAAGAGCGAUUAUUAAUGUGAAAAAUAGUGAUAAUAAAUGUUUUAAAUAUGCAUUAUUAUCCAAGUUUGAUAAUCGCUCUAAUAAAACUAAUUUUCAUGAAAAAUAUUUUAAGAUGUUAGAGUUAAAAAGUAGUUUAAAUUUUAAAUGUGUUGAUUUUCCAACACCAAUCAGUCAGAUACCUAAAUUUGAACGUAUAAACAAUAUUUCAAUAAAUAUUUAUAGUUUGAAUGACAAAAAAACUAUUUUUCCCUUGUAUGUAUGUAAUACCGAAAGAAAUGAUCAUUUUGACCUAUUUUUGUAUAAUAAUGAUGAAACAUCGCAUUAUUGUUAUAUUCAUAAUUUUUCAAGAUUAAUCAGAAGUCAGAAAACGAAAAAUUGUUCGAAGCUAAUUAUUUGUAAGAGAUGUUUCACAACUUUUGGUACUCAACCGUGCAAAAGUAAGCUUUGGGGUGUAGAAGGAUUAAAUGAACAUCGACGCAAUUGUGGAAAGAAUCCGUUGGGGAGGCCUAUAAUGUUUGAAGAGGGGGAUGAUGAUUUCAUCUAUUUCAAAGGUUAUAAAAAAACGCAGAGGAUUCCAUUUGUCAUUUAUGCAGAUUUUGAAUGUAUAUUAACUCCUAAACAACCUAAUAAAUUCAUUAAUAGACGUAAAAAACAAAAAAAUCAGAAAACUCAUGUUACACAUUUACAUGAAAUUAUGAGCUAUGGGUUUUAUGUAAAAGUUGACUAUAGUAUUAUAUCGAAAGAGCUGGUAAAACAGUUUGAAAUUCCGACGAAAGUAAUUAUUUAUAGAGGUAAGAAAGCUGCAAAACAAUUUAUGAAAAAUAUGAUCGAUAUUGGAAAUGAAAUUAAUAAAAUUUAUCAAAUUAAUACACCGAUGGACAAAUUAACUGAUAAAGAGGAACAACGUUUUCAAAGAACCAAGUUCUGUCAAAAAUGUUCAAAACAUUUUAAAAACAAUAAUUUGGUUAAAGUUCGAGAUCACUGUCAUUUUACUGGCAAAUAUAGGCAAUGUCUCUGUCUUCAAUGUAAUUUCGAAAUAACUAGUCCAUCGUUCGUUCCAAUAUUCUUUCAUAAUUUAUCUUAUGAUAGUCACUUCAUAAUUCGGGAACUAGGUUGCGAUGAUAAAGAUAUUCAUAUUAUUCCUAAUUCAUCGGAAAAAUAUAUAUCCUUUAGCAAGGAAAUCGCACCUAGAUUUAGUAUUAAAUUUGUCGAUACAUUCCGUUUUAUGAGUGAGUCGCUAAGUAAACUUGCAGCCAAUUUAUCUGAAGAUAAGUUGAGGUUUAGAGAAACCCUAAAAAUAUUUUCAAUCAAAUCAUUAGAUUGA